CAAUUUCUUUAGAGCCAUAUGUAGUAAGGUUAUAAGGCCAAGAGAUCUUGAAAAAAUGCAUUCUGAAAUUGUUGAAAUAAUAUGUGACCAUGAAAAGAUUUUUCAUCCAACAUUUUUUGAUAUAAUGCUACAUUUACCUAUUCAUUUAGUGAAUGAAAUUAAGUUUGGGGGUCCGGCCCAUCUUCGUUGGAUGUAUUCCAUUGAGAGGCACCUAUGUAAGUUGAAGGGGUUCGUUCGCAAUCGAUCUUGUCCAGAAGCAUCAAUAGCAGAGGGGUUCCUGGCUGAAGAGUGCUUGACUUUUUGUUCGAGAUACCUACACGAUGGCGUGAAGACAAGAUUUAGUAGGUACCAAACUGAGGAUGACGACUGCCUUCAAAAUUUGUCACCUAUAUUCCCUAACAUAGGUCAUCCAAUUGGAAGAGAGAAGAAAAAGAGAAACACUUUUCUUAUGGAUUCACAAUCCAAAGAUGAAGCACAUCGGUAUGCUCUGUUCAAUACUGGAGAUGAACAAGUGGAGAAGUUAAUUGAGGAACAUAAGAAUUUGAUGGGUAAUCAUACUAGAUCAAAUGCCUGGAGUUCUGAAUAGUCAUGGAUGAAGAAGACGGGGCUUUAAGAAAAAACAAAAAAGCAAAAGGAUCAAUGUUCCUUCCAGCUGGAUCACUUGCCUCGUUGGCAAACCAAAUGUCGUUGAGGGGAACGAAAAGAAAUGUUCAAGCUGAUUGCUCAAAUAGGCAAAAACAGUUACCAAGGUUAAGAUCCCAAGUGCAAGCUCAAAUGCAGCAAGUGCCAAUUCAUUCUACCUCUCUUGUAGAACAAGUAAAACAAGUACCAAGGCAUUCAACCACUUCUGCAGCACAAACAGUACUAGAACAAGUGCAGCAAGAGUCACUGCAUCCUACCCCUUCUACAAUACAAGCAGUACAGGAGCAAGUGCAACAAACGUCACAAGAUUCUACACCCCAAGAAGCAAAUGAAGAAACUGAGAAA